UCGAGAUGCCCAACCAAGCGUGUCCAACAACCAAGUCGGUAGACAUCUCCAACGUUGGGUCUACCGCAUGAGAUCUAACUGUCGGGUAAAAUUUAGUGUUCACACGGUGACGGUGGCGAGUGCCAAUGAGUUUCUAGUACCCCAAAUCCUAUAUCUCCUCUGCUCGGCGCUAGGGUUUUUAUAAUUCAAAUUCCAUCGAUUGUAUUGAAAGAUCACAAACUUUGAUCUCAAUCACUGUAAGUACAAGUAUGAAUAUCUCUGUUGUUCUUUUCAAUUUAAGUAGUGAUGAUUUAUUUACCUGAUCCAUGAAUUUGAAAGCUUUUUGCAACAAAUUACAAAACCAAGUGAUCAAAAUUGUUAAAGUUGCAGCAUUUUAGGAAACUUUAGGGCAUAAACUUUGAAAUUUUUUAGCUCAUGACUAGACUUAUUGGAUCAGUGAACAGCUUUCUGGGAUUUCAAGAUGCCACCAUUUCAUUUCAGUCUAUAUUUUAGGUUUUCUUUUUUAUAAACUCCGUCUUCAACAAUUGGCGGUAUGUGUGUCAGUGUUGAUGCUGAACACCCAUACUUGUAUUGAUUUUACGGGUUUCUGGUGUUAGCUAUGGUGAAAUUAGUGUUUGUCUGAUAGUGCUGUGAUGGUAGUCUGCUGAUUGCAAAACUGGUGGUGGUGGUGGUGCUUCUGGUUAGGUGGGCGAUAGCUUAGUGGCCUUAUAGCAAAAAACAAAGUAAGCGAGAAAGUUAGCGAGAAGAGACAGAAACUAGCAUCAGGAGCAGCAACAGGUUCAACUGGCGAACAACAGUAGCCACAUCUUAGAAGCAUUAGCUUCAUUGGUUGGUUAACUUUGAUGUUUGUUUAUAGUUAUUGGGUUAUUAAGUUAAACUAAUAUGUAUGUAAGAAGUGGCGUGUCAUGUUUUUUAAUGAAGAUAUUAUAGUUGUUCCCCUUGCUGUCCAGUGCUUCUUGUUAUGUUGCAUUUUUCUGCAGUGUUGAGUAUUUGGAGUUAUUAACUUAAAAUCAACCAGGGGAGUGGGAAAGACCUAAAAGUCUUUGCUGUGAGCCUUUAACAAAAAUGACUUCUCGUUCCACUGAGCUUCAGGGAAGGUAAUGCAGAUUACCAAUCUUUGCAGGGGAGAUAACGCAAAUACCAAUCUUUAUAAGGGAGGGUUUUAUCUGUGGAAGAGCUGAAGAACUUUGAAGACUGGAGAACUUUGAAAAACUCCAAAGAGCUGAAAUUGAAGGGUAAUAUGUCAUCUGAUGAGAACAAGAAAUGGAUGAAGUGUGACCGUAAGUCUGAUGAAUACAUACAAGGCGUGAGGUCAUUUAUACAGUUUGCCAAGAAUAAUGGUGGUGGGAGGGUUUUAUUUUCAUGUCCUUGUAGAAAUUGUAUGAAUGGUAAAGGUUCAGUUUCACUUAGUAAGAUAUCAUUGCAUUUUCUCAAAUAUGGUAUUUGUUUGACGUAUACAACAUGGCGUCAUCAUGGUGAAAGUUCAGUAGAAGCACGGUCAAGACAUAGGGAUAACACUACAGCAGGUAUGGAUGGGAAUGUUACAGUAGGUGUGGAUGUGGAUGGGAAUGUUACAUCUGCUAUGGAUAUGGAUGUGAAUGUCACAGGAGGAGUUGAUGUGGAUGAGAAUGUUACAGCAGGUGUGGAUGUGGAAGAGAAUGUUACAACAAAUGUGGAUGUGGAUGAGAAUGUUGGGACCAAGGGGUGUUGUAAGAAAAAGUUAUCAGCGGCCGAGCGAGCAAGAGUACCAUUGUAUCCUUCGUGUCCUAAAGGAAAGUCGGCGUUGUAUGUAGCGAUAAUGGUGAACAACAUAAAGACUCAGUAUGCGAUUUCAGAUAAUGGUAUGACUGCAAUGUUAGAAUUGAUAAAAGAGUUUCUUCCCGAAGAAAACACCCUGCCAAGUAAGUUUCCAGAUGUCAAGAAGAUAAUUCAAGAGUUGGGGAUGGAUUAUGUAACCUACGAUGCUUGCGUGAAUGAUUGUAUACUCUAUUGGAAGGAUAAGAGUUCAUUGCUGAAGUGCCCUGUAUGUUAAGAACCGCGGUAUGUAAGAGUUUUCAAUGAUGAGAGAAAACUUACUCAAGUUGCGCAGAAGACGUUGAGACACUUUCCAAUAAUUGCAAGGCUCAAAAGAUUUCAUAGUAUACCAUGGAUAGCAGAGGCGAUGCUUUGGCAUUUUAGAGCACAGAAAGAUAUCAAUGUAAUGCGUCAUCCCGUUGAUUCUUCAGCUUGGUGUUGUGCGGAUAGUUUUUGUCCAGAGUUUGCUAAGGAAGCACGGAAUGUUACACUUGGUAUAGCAACCGACGACUUCAACCCCAAUGGAUGCUUUGGUCUCAAUUACAGCUGUUGGCCGGUAAUUCUCUGUCCGUAUAAUCUUCCUCCGUCGAUGUGUAUGAAGAGGGAGUUUUUUAUGUUAUGUUUGUUGAUAUCAGACCCGAGAGCAUCAGGUAAAGAUAUCGAUGUUUACUUACAACCAUUGAUUGAAGAGUUGAAAGAGUUAUGGAAUGAUGGUGUUAUGACUUUCGACAGCUUCACCGGUUCUGAAUUUCUGAUGAGAGCUAGGUUGUUAUGAGCAAUUCAUGAUUUUCCAGCAUUAGGGACUCUUUCUGGAUGUGUAACUCAUGGGUAUUUUGCUUGUCCAAGUUGUGGAGAAGAAACAGAUGCUGAGUGGCUGCCAUAUAGUAAGAAGUUGUGUUAUAUGGGACAUCGAAGAUGGCUGCCAACGAAACACAAGUUUAGAGAUGAUAAAACAAACUUCAGUGGAGGAGUUGAGCAUGGUAAAGCUUCAUGGCCACUAACAGGAUUGCAAGUUCAAGAGAUGGUAGCUAAUUCGAAAAGAAAACAGGUUAAAGGAAAACCACCAUCAAAGAAACGUAAAAGAGGGACUGAAGGGUAUGCUGAUGAAGAAAUUUCCGAUCACUCUUUAUUUUCUCGAAGGUCCAUUCUUUAUGAUUUUCCGUAUUGGGGAGCGAACACAGUUCGUCACUGUACAGAUGUGAUGCAUACCGAGAAGAAUAUAACUGAGCACAUUGUUAAUACUGUAUUGGGAAAUAACAAGUCAAAAGAUGGUCUUAAUGCACGUAAAGAUAUGGAAGCUAUGGGGAUUAAAAAGCGGUUAUGGUUGAAAGAGGAUGAAAACACGGGCAAGACAACAAUGGAAUCUUUUGCCUUAACAAAGGAUGAAAAAGUUGCUUUCUGUACAGUUUUGAAGAAUUUAAGGGUGCCUUCAAAUUUCUGUUCCAAUCUUUGCAACAACGUUGGUAUAAAUCCACCGGAGUUGAAGAAUUUAAAGUCUCAUGAUUACCAUGUUAUGAUGCAGUCUUUGUUUCCACUGCUUGUUCAUACUGCAACUUUAUUUCCUAAAGAUCUGCGAGUUGCUCUUCUCCGGAUUAGUUUAUUUUUCAAUAUCUUAUGUGCGAAGGUUAUAAAAAGAGAGCAUCUUUUACAAGCUAAAGCUAGUUUGGUGGAGGCGAUGUGUGUUCUAGAAAAAUACUUUCCUCCAUCCUUCUUUGUCAUUAGUAUCCACCUGAUGAUUGAUCUGGCAGAUGAAGCUUUAAUCUGCGGUCCGGUCAGAUUUAGGUGGAUGUACCCCUUUGAGAGGUUAAUGAAAGGCUUUAAAGGGUUAGUGCGCAAUAAAAGGUACAUUGAGGGAUGCAUUGCGAGAGGGUAUUCGUUGCGAGAAGCUAGCUUAUUUUUUAUGGAUGUCAUGUCAGAUGAUGGUGAUGGUACUCAUAAACAUACUCGACGGGCUUUUUUAGAUGAUGACUAUGAGUUUGCAGAUGAGAUGCCUCUAAGUACUGGAAAGAGUAUGACUUUAACUCAAGUAUAAUUUGAACAAUGUCGCAGCUGGAUCCUAUCUAAGUAUUUUGAGAUAGAUGACUGGCGAAGGAAGUAUGAUUCCUAUGUUAGCGGCAACACGUCUAAUGGUCAGCAGACCUCAAAGAGUUUUCAUGUAUGGUUGCGCGACGAGUUGAUAGAAGCCAAAGAGACUGAUUCAACACUUUGGAGACUCGUGCAAGGACCCCUCUUUAAGGCACGAUCCUACAGGAAAUACCAAGUCAAUGGCUUUACUUUUAGCACACUAGGUUGUGAGGCGAAGAAUAUAUCGCAAAACAGUGGUGUAUCAAUGAAAGCUUUUACAAGACUGAAAGCGAAGUCGGCCGAGGAAGCAUAAAUAACUUAUUACGGAGUUAUUAAAGAGAUUAUCGUCUUGAAUUACAUGGAGUUUGAAGAAACUGUUUUCUGUUGUGAUUGGGUUAGUGUUGGAGAUAAGAUGCGUGUAAGGUUGAUGCAGUUUCGAAAGUUAUAAAGGUCAACUUAUCCAAGAUGAAAAACAAAGUUAGAGUGUCCGAUGAGCCGUUUAUCCUUGCAUCUGAAGCGACUCAAGUGUUCUACUCGAAGGAUCUUACAGAUGAGGGAUGGUCCGUGGUGUUGCACUCACAUCAGGGGUUAACUUGUUCAGUAGAUAAAUUUGAAGUUCCUACAGCUUAUCAAUCAGUUCUUACUGACAAUGAGAAUUUCAAAAAGUUGCUUUCAAUUGGUUCUAUUUGAAAUGAAACUGAUGCCACCUUUGCAAUGUGUUGCGCUUCACGAAUAUCUAUAAAAAGAACG